AGUUCUAAUCUCUCUUUUCUCUCUGUUUUUGCUCUCAAAUCCCUAACCUUCACAUUCACUACCGCUCACCUUGAGUCCAUUGCAGCCCAACUUAGCCCUCCAGUUGCAGCUCAAGUUAAGCAUGCCUUAAAUCGUCCAAUUCGCAAGGGCGUACAGAGGAUCGACGCUAGACAUUACAUGUGCAUCUUUCAAGAAGAUGCUUCCCACUUCCACAAUGAAGUUCUAUUAGCCUUUGCAAAGUUAGAUUUUAACAUAUUAUAAAAGAUGCACCAGAUUGAACUCAGUCAUAUUGCAAAGUGGUGGAAAGAUUUAGACUUUGCCCAUAAGCUACCUUUUACAAGAGACAGAGUGAUAGAAUGCUACUUUUGGAUAGUGGGAGUGUAUUUCGAGCCUGAAUAUCCUCUGGCUAGAAGGAUAUUAACCAAAGUGAUUGCAAUGACUUCUGUUAUUAACGAUGUCUAUGAUGUGUAUGGUACAAUUGAAGAACUUGAGCUUUUUACCGAAGCAAUUGAAAGGUGGGAUGUCGGUGCCAUGAAUCAACUGCCUGGGUACAUGAAACUGUGCUAUUGGUCUCUCCUUGAUGUUUACAGUGAAACUGAGAAAGACAUGGCCGAUCAAGGAAGAUUAUACCGCCUUCAUUUUGCAAAAGAAGCGAUGAAGACUUUAGUUAGAAAUUACUUCUAUGAAGCCAAAUGGUGUCAUCAAAAUUAUGUACCAUCACUGGAUGAGUACAUGACUGUUGCAUUAGUUACCUCUGGCUACUCAAUGUUAGCCACAACAUCAUUUGUGGGAAUGGGAAAUAUUGUAACCAAAGAAGCCUUUGAAUGGUUAUUCACAAAUCCCAAGAUGAUAAACGCUUCCUCAGUAAUCUGCAGACUCAUGGAUGACAUGGUCUCCCAUAAGUUUGAACAAAAGAGAGGCCAUGUUGCCUCAAGCAUUGAGUGUUUCAUGAUACAACAUGGUGCAACCGAAGAAGAAGCACGCAAUGAAUUUCAAAAACAAGUGAUAGAUGCCUGGAAGGAUAUAAAUGAAGAAUGCCUUCGCCCAACUGCGGUGUCAAUGCCUCUCCUUGACCGAAUUCUCAAUCUUUCUCGUGUGAUAGAUGUUAUGUACAAGGAUGAAGAUGGCUACACUCAUGCUCACGUUGUGCUUAAGGAUUCUGUUGCUUCUCUGCUUAUUAAUCCUGUUCCAUUAUAAGCAUGGAAUUAAGACUCGAUAAUUUACUUUAAAGAUAAUUGGAAUGAUGCAUUUCUCUCCUGUCAAACAAAACCAUCUCUUCUU